UUGUUAACUUAAUUUGUGUGCUCCCUUCUCUUAACCACAGUCGACAAAUAGCCGAUGUCCAUGCGGAUAGAAAGAUGGACUGGUGAAUGGCUGAGUGAGAGAGAGAGGGUUGACACCAUCCCUAAUCCAGGCCACGCCACGGCACGGCUCACUGCAGUCGCUGCUUACCUGGCUUCUCAUUAUAGACAAGCCUUCAGUUCAGCUAAGACUUGCCCGUGUACAGGACCUACAUCGUUUUGGAGGACUUCUUGUAAACAUUAAGUAUCGGACCGGUGAUAUGUCGUUGUUCGUGGGACAUUAAUUGUGCAUUAUGGAACAAUACUGGAUUUUAGUUAUUCCACUUUUGGGUUGCCUUUUGUCGAGCCAGACAGCAACAGCACAAACAGCGGCACCUGCUACAUCAUCAAAGUUGACCACAACACCGGCACCAGCAGGUUUGCAGACCCGCAUCGUGAACGGCGAGACGGCAGCCGCAUACAGAUCGGGACGAGUGGAGGUCUCCAACGACGGCGGAACGACGUGGGGGACAAUAUGUGACGACUUCUUCAACAAAAGUGCUGCCAUUGUAGUGUGCCGUGGCUUCGGUUUCACAGAUGGAGAGGCAAUUGCCAAGGCGUACUUCGGCAGCGGCUCUGGUGCUGUGUUUCUCGACGACGUGGAGUGUCGAGGGACGGAGACAGAUCUUGAUAAAUGCAGGAAGAGCACGUGGAAGGACCACGACUGUGACCACACUGAAGAUGUUGGCGUAUACUGUUACAACAGCACCGACGGAGUGUUCAAGAUGCAGCUGCAGGAGGGGUCCACGGACAACGCCCUCAACACCAUCUGGGGGCGACUUGAAGUGGCACUGGGCAAAAUGAAGUAUGGCAGCGUCUGUGACGACCUGUUCAACGAGAACGCUGCUGGCAUUGCAUGUAAAUACUUCGGCUACACAUACGGACAGCGUCUGACCGAGGAGGGAUUUCGGAAUGGCGAAAGGACGUACUUAGAUGAGGUCAACUGCCGUGGGGGAGAGGCGUCCCUGCUGCAGUGCCGUCACAACAGUUGGAGGACACAUGACUGUGGGAGGGAGGAGGAUGUGGGCGUUGUCUGCUUCAAUACAACAGUUCGACUACGGUCCAAAAGCUUGACCAUCCGCAACGUAGGUGGCGUGGAACUAUGGAAGGCAGGGGAAGGGUGGAUGGAGGUGUGCGACAAAGGAUGGACAGCAAACGACGCCAAGGUCACGUGCCGCGAGCUCGGCUUCGUGGACGGCAUGGCGUUACAAGGGUCAGCCCUGGCCGGAAACAUGUGGGGGAGUCCAUGGGGGAAACACCCCUGGAGCACGGGGAGGACCGUCAACUCCUACAGCAGCGUCAACUGCACGGGGACGGAGAACCGUCUGGCCGACUGCCCCAUGGUCAGGUCAGGGAGGGGAUGUUCAACCCUGUCGUCGGCUUCUGUCAUCUGCUACAACACCUCCAUUGAUGAAGUUGACAACUCUACGGAAGUCCGCUUAUCCGAUGGUGCCGACAACUGGGGAAGGGUUGAAAUAUAUCAUCUUGGUCUAUGGGGCCAGGUGUGUUCCGACAAGUGGAGUGACCGGGAGGCAAGCGUGGUGUGUCGAAUGCUUGGCUACAAGGGAGGCAAGGCGUUCGGGGACACCUCCCGUGACAACCUUCCCCCGUGGCUGACCGACAUCAAAUGUGUGGGCAAUGAGACCAAUGUCCUUGACUGCAAUACCGGCGAGUGGGGGGAGUCAGUGUACACCUGCACCCCGGCGCAUGUCCUCUGUUACAACACCAGUGUGACCGUGAGCCUCGACAACCCUAAGGCUGGCUACGGCAGAGUGGACAUCUCCUACGACGGUGUCAACGGCACCAUCUGCAACAACGGCUGGUCGGACGAGGAAUCCUCCGUGGUGUGUCAGAUGGUGGGAUAUACAGACGGCCGGGCCAUGAACGCUGACGUCCAGCCAGGGUCAGGGUCGGUGUGGCUGAGUAGCGUCACGUGUGGUUUCGGUGACGAUUCCUUGUUCAAAUGUGACAGCAAGGGCUGGGGGAAGAGCACUGACCAGUGCGCUGACCAUCAGAACGAUGCGGGGGUCCGAUGCUACAGGAAUGUCCGCCUCACCCCCGGGACACACAGCGUGGGGGUGGUUCAGAUCUACAGCCGAGGACGCUGGGCCACAGUUUGCGGAAGAACCGGUUUUGAUAACAAGGCUGCGAAGGUUGUGUGCACGGAGCUGGGCUUCAAGAACGGCCAGGCUCUCCCCCUGGGGGUGUUCGGCCGGCAGAGAAUGGACAGCGUCCGGCCUAACAUCACCUGUAGCGGUAACGAGACGUCGCUGUUAAACUGUGACUAUGACAAGUCGUUGACAGCAACUUGUCUACCCUACAGCAUCUCCUAUGCGUCGGUGGCUUGUUAUGACACUGUUGUCGGCGGCGACAAGUACAAGCUUGAAGGCGGUAACAUAGAGACUGACCAGGCCUCUGGGAGACUUCGGGCACGCAAGCAUCAGACAUGGGGUUACGUGUGUGACAAGUACUGGGAUGACCACGACGCCAACGUCACGUGUAAGGAGCUCGGGCACACAGGAGGAAUAGCUUACAGAUAUGCUGGAAACUAUGCAGGGCCGUUCUUCAUUAGUGAGAUCAACUGUGACGGCAGCGAGAGCAAACUGGAGGAUUGUCCGAAAGGACAGGAACUCUGCACAUCACUGCAGGCUGGUGGUGUGCUGUGCUACAGCGGAGAAGCUCCAAGGCUUCAGUUCUCACCAAGGGGAGGUAAGCAUGGCCGUCUCGAGGUCAUCAUCAACGGCGAGGCAGGACGGAUUUGUGGCAAACGCUGGGACGACAACGAUGCCACAGUGGCAUGUUCGCAGCUCGGCUUCAAUGACGGCGUCGCUCUUAGAUACCCCAAGGAUAGAGGGGCGGUGUACAUGACUCAGCUCCGAUGUUUCGGUAACGAGCCGUCUUUAUUCCGCUGUACAAACUCUGGUUGGAAGAACGUCAUCAACGAAGAGGCGUGUGUUGAGGACGCGGGGGCCUUCUGCUUCAGAGACGUGCGUGUCACGGAAGGGUCGGUGAAUCAGUCGAUGGCUAUGGGCAAGAUCAGCAUGCUGAUAGGAAGCCGAUGGCACAUGGUGUGUGCUGAUUCCUUCGACCAGGAAGAUGCCGACGUUGCCUGUAGGAGUCUGGGCUUCUCCAGGUCGAAGAUCUUGAGGACGUCCCGGGCCACCUACAACCCCAACUACAUCACCAACAUUGAGUGCAAGGGCAAUGAGAGCAGUCUGGCCGCCUGCAAGUAUAACAAGGGCCAGUGUCCAUACAGCGUUGGUCAAGCAAGGGCCAUCUGCUUCUCGGACACGCAACAAGCAGGAACAAAAUACCACGUACAGAAUGGCUUCAAUGGCCGCGUGAUCGUAGAACGAUAUGGCCUGAAUGGAACUAUUUGCGAGGAAGGAUGGAGUGAUGUGGAUGCCAAUAUUCUGUGUAAACAGUCGGGAUUUGCAGGGGGUGUAGCUUUCGGGACCCCCCGGAAUAGCACAUUUGAGCUGGUGUGGUACUCCGACGUCAACUGCACCGGGGGCGAAGCUUCCAUUGCUGACUGCGUGAAGAACGACACUGUGUCCAGAUCUUGCAGAAACUCCGCAACCUCGGCUGGAGCCCUGUGUUACAAGUCAACCGGUAUUCAGGUGAAAUUGUCCGAUGGCGGCAAAAACUUCGGGCGGGUUGAGAUCUCUUAUGACGGAGUUUGGGGCACAAUUUGUGACUAUGUCUGGUCUAGAUACGACGCACGCGCCCUUUGCCGACAACUGGGCUUUGUGGAAGGUAUCGCUUACGCUCAGUCCCGGUAUGGGCGUGGUUCUGGACCGGUGUAUAUGGAUGAGAUGCGCUGCCGCAUUAAUGACAAGUCGAUCUAUGCCUGUCCUAAUCGCGGCUGGAACAACAGCGCCGGUUACUGCCACGACCACGACAACGAUGCAGGCGUUUACUGCUUCCCCAGAGUGCGCCUCGAGCCGAAACCAGAAUUUGGUGGAUUAGAGAUUUGGACAGGCUACUCCUAUGGCCUUGUCUGCUCGGCGGGAUUCACAGACACAGAGGCCAAGGUCGCCUGCCGCCAAAUGGGUUAUCCAGACGGAAAAGCACUCUGCUGUUCCGCCUUCGGUGAUGUGGGCAAGUCCAUUGCCAUAGCUGACCUCAAGUGUACUGGAGAAGAGGCAUCUGUGAUGGACUGUACCCAUACCAAAACCUCCAUCUGCAGCUCCAACCAUUACGCAUCUGUCGUCUGCUCCAAUGUCACUGAUACCUCAAAUGCAUACAUCGUGAAGCUCGACAACGGGACAUCCGGCAGAGUGGUCCUCCAACACUUCAGCCACGACGGUCUCAUAUGUCCUAAUGGAUUCGACGACAACGAGGCCAAAGUCGUGUGCAGAGAGAUGGGAAUGACCAAUGGCGGAUUUUCCUACAAACGAAUUAACAACAAUAGACGGAGUUUCGUAAAGGAAAUACGUUGGAUGACAAACUUGAACUGCACCGGUACAGAAAACCUCUUGGAGACCUGCCCUGGGAUCACGUGGAAUCAGAUUAACCCAUGCGACAAACGAUCAGACGCAGCAGCCUUCUGUUACAGAUCCCCAGGCAUUACAAAACCACGGUUCCGUAUUGAGGGCGGUACACGCCUUGAGGGUCGUGUCGAAAUUAACAUCAAUGGUACAUGGGGCAGCAUUUGCGGUAUCAACGUUGACGACAACAUCGCCGCCCUAAUCUGCAAGGACAUGAAUCACCCAUCAGGCAUUGCAGGAAAAGCCGGAAGUCGGGGUCAGACUGCAGGUCCAGUGUGGAUCAACCAGUUAGCCUGUGAUGGGAAUGAGAGCAGCAUCUUCGACUGCCCCUUGUCAGGAUUCGGCGAGGAGGACGACUUAUGUAAAUCCCAUCUCUACGACGCCGUGAUACAGUGCCACUCCACUGGUACCAUCCCAGUGCGUCUAUCAGGAGACAUCAACGGCCGUACUGAUUACGGGCGACUAGAAGUGAAACUCAACGGCACCUGGUCGUCUGUGUGUGAGAACGGCUUCAACGGUAACGCGGCGGAGGUAGCAUGUCGACAGAUGGGGUACAACAAAGGAAAGAGACAAUGCUGUUCUGCCCUGGGGAAUCUACCCAGGUCCACAGACCCGAAGAUAACCAGGAUCACAUGUGAAGGCCAUGAACAGAUGCUGGCCAACUGCACCAUCGCCCCGACCGGGGAGUGUGCCAAUUAUGUGUCAGUGGCGUGCAGUACUACGGAACUAUCUGAAGAUAUUGCAAUCAGUCUUCCCAAGAAUGGAUUCACAGGCAUGGUCAAUGUCAGCCGAUUUGGCAUCUGGGGAGCCAUUUGUGGAGAGAACUGGAAUGAUACUGAAGCAAUUUCAGCAUGCCGGCAGCUCGGAUAUGUUGGGGGAGUCGCAAUCCCGGGCUCAGCCAUCCCCCAAGGCAUGCCACUGCUAAUGGGGAAUGUGGUCUGCAGAGACGAUGAUACCAACUUCAAUGAUUGCAGCCAUGAUGUCUUCGACACACAGCACGGGUGCGCGGAGUCAAGGCGUGGGGCAGCUGUGUUGUGUAGCAACUCUGGAGAGGGUGUUCAAUACAGGAUGGCUCCCGGGUCGGUGGGGGACAAAGGGAUUGCCCAGCUCAACAUCAACGGUCAGUGGGGCUACAUUUCCCGCCUCGAGUUCGACGACAAGGACGCGUCCGUUUUCUGUCGCAGCAUCGGCAUGGUUGCAGGGCAGGUGUUGUGGCGUUCCCCAUCCUCAUCCAGCCUCAAUGGCAACAUCUUGGCAUCCUACGUCAACUGCACGGGCUCCGAGGCCGCAGUUCACCAGUGUCGGGUGGAGUGGAACCCAGACAGAAACAGAUACAUCCCAGCCACAUUCGCUGUGUCCGUCAGCUGCUUCCGAGGAGUUCGGAUAGAACGAGGAGACAGCAAGACAAACGGUAUAGUCAAAGUCUACAACAACGGAGUGUGGGGUGCCAUAUGCUCUCAAGACUUUGACAACCAAGACGCAACCGUGAUAUGUCGGGAACUAGGGAUGACUGGUGGACUGGCCCUUUGCUGCAACCCCUACGGCUUCAACUUUGACGACGCUGUCAUAUCGGAGCUAAGGUGUACCGGCAAGGAGAAGUCAGUUCGGGAUUGCAAGUUCACCUCUCGGCAGCGCACCUCCCUGUGCUACAGACAGAACUACGCCUCCGUGGCCUGCUACAACAACACUCUGUCAAACAACUACACCAUCAGCCUCACUGGGGGGUCGACCUACACCGGCCAAGUGGCCAUUACGUAUGCAAAGGUUGAAGGUCGCGUCUGCAGCGACAACUGGGAUGACCCAGAUGCAGCCAUUGUCUGUACCACCCUGGGUUACAGUAAGGGCGUGGCCUACAGCCACUACAGGUCGUCCUUCUCCUACUUCGACUACACUGGCCCAUACUGGACGUCCCAGGUCAACUGUACUGGCAACGAGACCUCGCUGAUUGAUUGUCCUCACAUUGGAUGGGGCAACGUCACAAAAUGCACCAGCGGCCAUUUUGGUGGAGCACUGUGCUUCAAUAAUGAAGGUCUGUAUUACCGCCUGUCCUCGGGGGGUGACCAGUGGGGUCGAGUGGAGGUGGCCGUAGAUGGACAGUGGGGGACACUCUGCGACCGGUACUGGGACAAGAGAGAGGCCAAGGUGUUCUGUAAGAACCUCGGGUUUGACGAUGGGGACACAUUCUACGGGUCCUACAAUGAUACAGCCAAAGGACCAGUGUGGGAGUCGAACCUCCGAUGUGACGGUGGGGAGAAAACGCUGAAUCAGUGUCCCCAUGAGGGUUGGGCCAUAUCGACAUCAAGGACUUGCUCGGAUCACAGCAGAGACGCUGGUGUCUUUUGCUAUACUAAAGUGAAGCUGAGCACAGGUGUGGGACGCUCAAUUCAACAUGGCGGCGUGUUGUGGAACCAAGGGGGAGAUUGGCAUUAUGUCUGCGACACCGGCUUCAACGACAUGUCCGCCCGCGUCGUGUGCCAGAGUCUGGGCUUCAAGGACGGACGUUCCAUCUGCUGCUCCGCCUACGGCAACACAAACUCCUACAACAAAGACAUCAUCACCAACAUGACACUGCGAUGCACGGGAGAGGAGGAGUCUAUAUCCGAGUGUAUGGUUACUGAAGACUGUGCCAGCAAAAUGUACGCCUCAGUGGUGUGUUCAGACGACCCACGGGAAUUUGUUAGUAACAAUUACACACUGACCAUCAACAAUGACCAGAAGCACUCCGGCCAGCUUCGUGUGACCCACUAUGGUGUUGAGGGGCGGGUCUGUAGCAAAGACUGGGACGACGAAGAUGCCACAGUGGUGUGUGGAGCUCGGGGAUAUACAGGUGGGAUGGCGUACAAGCAUUCCUACUUCGGCACAUACUCCACACAGCGCCAAUUGGGACCCUACUGGCUGAACUCAUUUAACUGCACGGGUGAUGAGAACGACCUGCUGGACUGCCCCCAUCUCGACCGGACCAACUUGGGCAACUGCUCCAACAAACACACUGCAGCCGUUUUGUGCUACAACGACUCAGGUGUUGCGUACCGAGUUGCUGGAGGAGGUAGCAACUUCUAUGGGAGAGCAGAAAUCCGCAUUGGCGGUGUUUGGGGCACCAUAUGCGAUAACUAUUGGGACGCCAAGGAAGCCAAUGUCUUCUGUCGCCAGCUCAACUUCAGCGACGGCGUUGCCAUCUCCAGAGCACGUUAUGGGCAAGGGUCUGGCCCAAUCUGGCUGAGUCAUCUGCAGUGCACCGGCAAUGAGAAGUAUUUCCACGAAUGCCCCCACCGAGGCUUCAAGGACCUAUACUCCGCCCCCUCGUUCGGCUGGCCCUUCACACUGCCCUGCACCUCCCACAAGGACGAUGCUUCAGUCUUCUGCUACAAGAGUGCUCGACUCAACCAGAGAUUUGGUGCUACCAAGGGAGGACUAGAGAUAUUUGACGACGGGAAAAAGGUCGGAGUAUGCGACACAGGUCUUGACAAUACCGCGGCAACUGUCGCGUGCAGGAGCCUCGGUAUGAACUUCACCCAUGGACGGGCUGUUGGUGGAUCUGUGUUCGGCAACAUCUCCGGACCAAUCGUGUUCACAAGCAUUAAAUGUAAAGGGGCGGAAAAUGACAUCAAGGACUGCACACUGAGCAAAGAAGGAACUUGCACUACAGGGACGUACGCAUCUGUGUACUGUGCCAAGACACCAUUCAAUGAUACAGGCUUCCAGCUUCGACUGGCUUCCGACGGUCUGAGCAAGGACUACCACGGCAUUGUAGAAGUCAACAAGAAUGGAGUGUGGGGCCGGGUGUGCAUGCAGGGGUGGGACGACAUGGACGCCAGCGUAGCCUGCAGGAGUCUGGGUUACAAGGGCGGGGUGGCCUACCUCCACAUUGUCAAGAACACUAAUGCAAUCCUCAUGAGGAAUUUCCAAUGCCUUGGCAAUGAGACCUCCCUUGACAAAUGUCCACAUCAGGAGACAGCGGACAAACAGAACUGCAACUAUGACUCCAAUGACGCUGGUGUCAUCUGCUACAAUGGAACAGGCGUUGAGUAUCGACUCUUCGGCAGCAAGGUCAACGGCUACGGUCGAGUUGAGAUGGGAUACGACGGGGACUGGGGCGCUGUGUGCUCCUGGGCGUGGAGCACGAGUGAUGCGAAGGUAUUCUGCAGAAGUCUGAAAAAUGGGUUCAAAGACGGCCUUCCAGAUCGAAACACCAUACCGAACCUGCCACGUCGGAACUACCUGCUCAGCGGGGCGUUCUGUAAUGGCAAGGAACAGAGUCUGCUAACCUGUCUGAACUCGGGUUUCAAUACAUCACUACUGUCCUACCUCUGUAGCGGUGACGCCUAUACUACAUGCUACACAAGUGAAAUUGCUCUUACUCAGGUCCGUUUGGGGAGUGCCCUUUCGAGUGACAGUUCAAAUGGCCGCGGUCGAGUGGAAGUGUACGUAUCUGGGCCAAACGAAUGGGGAACAGUGUGUGACGACUACUGGGACAAAACAGACGCCACCGUCGUCUGUCAGCAACUCGGAUACCAACAUGGCCGUGCUAUCAAUGGAAGUGCUUAUGGGAAGGGCAAAGGUCGGAUCUGGUUGGACAAUGUGGAGUGUUUAGGAAAUGAGACGAGCAUUGGGGAUUGCCAAAGCCGAGGCUUAGGGACGCACAACUGUAAUCAUUCGGAAGAUGCCAGUGUAGAGUGUUAUAACUCAACGUCCCCUCAAACGACAUUACCCGUUACGAAGUCCCCAGUUACAACAGUAGCGAUGACGACAACUAAAUCAACAUCAACUGAAUCACCAGCAACAACUAUUCCUCAAACUACGACGCCUUAUACUGCGACUCCCUCAACCAAGACAGAAAGAGUUACUAGCCCUGUUUCACCGCCAGCUACAUCGCCAGCUACAUCGCCACCAACCACUACAAUGUCUACAACGACAUCUGCAACUUCAACAACAUCAACACCAUCAACGACAACCACUCCCAGCACAACUACGAAGUCAACUUCAAUUAAGAUUACAGCAACAACAACAAAUAUACCAACGACAGAGACAGCUGCUUCGACGACAGCAGCUUCGACGACAGCAGCUACGCUGAAGCCAGGAGCGUCAGCAGAAAGCAAGACGCAGAAAGCCUCCAAAAGCAUAGUUGUUGCCAUUGUGGUGCCAAUAUUAUUGCUUAUUAUCAUUAUAUCGAUCAUUGCUAUUGUGUUAUGGCGCGUCCGUCGUCAUCCUAAGUCCCAUAUUGCACAUGAACGUUUCCAUGACGACAUAAUAGAACAGACUCAUGAUGGCAGUAUCGCCAUGAGGAAUCAGCUGUAUGAUGUGAAUAUGUCCAAUGGGGAAACGUCAGACCCAAUGAGUGACACCACAAAAUAUCUGGCCGAAGAUUCAGAAAUUUCAAUAGAGGGCAACGGCUACGCCCAUUUCUCAAAAACCCCGACUCAUUCAGAGGACGAAUCUGGGGGAUUUUCGAAUCCCCUCUAUGCAGUCAUGAAGGAUCCCUCGACCUCAUCUAAUCCAGCCGAGCUUACGCUGGAGGCGGAUAUAAACUCCUCGAAUACGUAAUGGCAACAAGGAACAUGAAAGUGUACAUGAAACACAGUCCCCUCAAAACACAUAUCAAUGUGAUCACAUUCCGAUGAAAUGUGAUCUAUCAGGUUUGAUGGACAGAACAAGAUUAGGUCGAUCAUGUGAUACAAACCAGUACAAGCUUGUUUAUUCUGUAUGUGUAAUUUGGGUGUAUUGUAAUGAUUAUUAUUAUCAUGAAUGGUACAUACAAUAAAGAUAACCAGUAACAGCAUAAGCCAGGAGCUAUUUACAACCGAGAUUCGGAUUAAUUUGCUUUGUUACGUUGAGAUACGUAAAAAAUACAUUUGCCAAACAUUAAACACCUAUCAUUGUUAUACAUGUUUCGACCCGUUAUGAAAAGCAGUUAUCAGUCCUUGUUUCCGCCUUAAAAGAAAGUGCGUUUCUUCUAAGCAUAUCAUGUCCAUAAUUUGAUGGGAUAUUAAUAUAUACACAAACGUCCAUUUUUUUCAUUGAAAUGCUUCUAUUUUUAUAUAUUGCUAUUGUUUCGUGUUUCAUGUAUUUCAUGCACUUCAGUGUUUAUCCAAUCCACUGCUACGUUUCAGGCCUGAUAGGAGAUUGUACACUCACAUUAAUACAUGGGGAAGUUUGUUGGUCACACACUUAACUGAACGAAGUGAAUUUAUAGAUAUACCACAUGAAGCAAAUUGCCAUCCAAGUUACUGUAGGUACAACACGGACGGAUCCAGACGUGUGGGUGCAGAGAUGCGCAGAGAUGCGCACCCCACUUUUUCAGACACCUUACAUGUUGACUGAGCACUCAGCCAAGGCACUUUGUGACUUGGAUAUUAUGUGCACCCUUCUGGUUUUUUUUCAAAAUUUGGCUCUGCCUCGGUUCAUGUGUGCACAUCGAAUUGGAGUAUUUACGAAACGUUGUGGAACGAUUUGUUUGCACUAUCGGCACGGAACUCUUUACCAUAUUUGUGUAAAACUGGUCAAAGUAAUCUAACUGUUAUGAUCAAGUGUGUUGGGUGUAUAUUUGACACAAUUAUGUUUUGUGAAUACAAACUUGCUAUUACCAUGAUCGGGGGUGGUCGGGUAGCCUAGUGGUUAAAGCAUUCACUCGUCACGCCGAAGACCCGGGUUCAAUUCCCGACAUGGGUACAAUGUGUGAAGCCCAUUUCUGGUGUGCCCGGCCAUGAUAUUGCUGGAAUAUUGCUAAAAGCGGCGUAAAACCGUACUCACUCACUCACUCACUCACUCACUCACUCACUCACUCACUCACUAUUACUAUGAUCGUAGUUGAAAACAGAAGAAGAGUAUAAAACAACUGUAUACAGCAAAUAAAUAUAUUUAUUUUCAUGGGGUUAUUUUCAAAAAGAGAUGUUAUCUAAGGUGCCGCAAUUUCCUGUGCAGAGUUGCGUCCCCUUGGCAGGUCAGAAUCCUAUGAUCACAGGAUCAAAUAGCAGAUCCAUCUGAUUAUUUCCUGGUUUGUCAGCACCAUACCCGUGCUCGUGGGUUUCACCAAAGUGUUAAUGUCUCAGGCCAAUAUCACUUCGGGGUUUCCUCCCAGUAUUAAGCUGGCAUGCCGUGAUAUAACUGGAAUACUGUUCAAAGCGGCGUUAAACCCAUCUCACUCUCUCACAUUACUCGCUUAAAACCCAGAUCCACCUUGAUUAUGUUUCUAGGUUUGUCAUAUUCCCAUGCUCGUGGGUUUCAUCAAGGGAAAAACGUCUGAGCCCUGCAUCACUUUGUGUUUUCAACCCACAUGCCGUGAUGUAAUUCUAAUAGCUCAAAGGUUAAACCAACCUCACUCACUCACUCAUUCUCUGCGCAGUUAACAUCUCAAUAACUGAUGGAUUACCGUAGAUUAUAUAUUUUCAAUUUUGAUGAACCAAACAAUUAUGAUACCUCUUUAUGGUCAGAAAAUUAACAUGCUGAAAUAUGUUUUUGGGAAAAGAAUGAAAAACUGAAAUGAUUGGUUGGUUGUGACCUUCCGUGUCUGUAUUGAAUGUGACUGCAUCACCAUCUGUGUGUGCAGGAGUGUGUACUCGCUAUCUCAUUCUUUUGUAGAUUGUUUAACUAUCAGUUUGUAAGUAAUUUGAAAUUUUUUUUUUUUUUGUGAAAUUUACAAAUACUGUAUUCAACGUAAUAAGCACCCCGCUCUAAUAAGCACCCACAACGAUAUUUGCUAAUAUAUUGGCUGGUGAACAAUCCCAAUUAGCACCCUUCCGAUUGAUCAAUGUACACAAGGCUUAAUUAUUUGUGUAUAAUGCGCACUUGUGUGUUACAUGCACCCUUAAUUAUGGCAAUGUAAUUCUGGAAAAAUAUAUCUGUCGUGUGUAAAAUGCACAGACUUCUCUUUCGCCAAGAUUAUAUUCUAAUAAGAGCCCCCUAUUUAUAAUUUUGAGAGCACAGUCGGUGCUUAUUACAUGGAAUACGGUACUAUAAUUUCACAGUUUUCCACUUUGGGAUAAAUCUGAUAACAAUUUAUUGAGUUCCUCAAAAUAUAAAUUUGAACAUUUAUUCAUUUCUUUGUUUCACGUGUUUCGUUGGCAGUAGAUUUAUACACGUUAAUAUUUUGCAAUAUCACGAGUGUGAUCAUAUUUUUGUAUAUAUGAUGUAAAUGACAUUGCUUAUAUACGAUAACCCAAACAACAUGUGAUAAAUGUACAUAUACCAUGCUUAGUUGAUUUACAGGGAAACUUCGAUAAUCCAGACACAGAUCGUAACUCGUCUUAUGAACUCUAGAUUAACGAGGUUUCGUUGUUCACAGUUGUCAAAUAUUCACGCACCAAUUAAAUCUACAAUAUAAUUAUAAAUCUAUGCAGGUGUAUAUGUAAUAGAUGUAUAAUUAAACUGCAGUUUCGUAAAGAAAACAAUGAGGUUGUUUUAAGGUGAUUUUUUACUUAACUUGCCUAUUCAUCUCAAUACAUUCCAUAUAUGUGUCUGUAGUAGCAGCAGGAGAUUUAUACCAGUUUUUGUGUUUUAUACAACCUGAUUUUGUGUUGUUUGUACAACCAUAAUCUGUGUUUUAUACAACCAAAUGUUGUGUUUUAUACAAUGACUUGUAUAUGAAUAAUUACUUCAUACUGCAUGACAGUAUUCCUCGACAUAUUGUGAUACUACUGCUGACGUUUUCAGAUUAUCUGCUGAUGUACUGUAUUUUGUUUGCCUUUUUUUUAUUGUAUCUUCACCCAUAAAAAAAGUAUUGAAAAUUUGUAAGGGCAAGAGACGGAGCACGGAAGCCACAUAUAAGAAGUCAUAGGGAAAGCAGUUUCACAACUCUGUGCUUGAAUUUAUGUGUCUGACAGGAAAACUGUUUAUUUUUGUUCGUAUUGCUGGAAAAAAGUGUUGAGAAAAACGGUUGUCAUUGCAAAGAGUUUACCACAUAUCACGAACCUGUGAAAAUAAACGUAGCAUCUAAUAAUUGUCCCUUUUCACAUGGAAUUAGUAUAUUUAUGUUGCUUGAUUAUUUUUGUCUUGAAUUCAACCCCAUAUUUGUUCCAAGACCAUUAACUUUCUAUGAUGGGAAAUAAUGCUUGAAAAUAAACGUGCUUACAAA